GCACGGAGGAGCACGAGUUUCCUGCUGUUAGUUGCACGCGAUUUAGUUGAAAAUUUGCAUCCUUUGUGAACGGACGUGACUUGCUGGGGUAAAAAGAGCAAACGGAAGCCAACUUGUCGCGUACAGCGGUUCGAAUUGAAAUCGUGCGUGAUAUUAGCAUAAAGGACAAGCCGCAUUACGUGUUCCAAGGAUGAGACAGCGCAGCUGAAGUCCUCUUAUUUAUGUUCAAACAGACACACAACUUUGUACCACAAAUAGGUGUUAAGUGAAUCGCAAAAAAAGCAGCAAAGCAAAGAUAUUUUCAGGACGAACGGAGUACAACGCAACCAAAAGCAACGUCUUGAUGCCUCACUGGGACCGAAUCAACGUAUCGUUGGUGAAAUCACUUUCGAAAUUUGUUUGUUUUUGUUGUAUUCAAAUGGAUAUUGGAAUGGCGCCGCAAAUGGGCAAAAGACGCUGAAGUGCUCAGCAUAUUAAAACAAAACAAACUGUAUAAAAAUGCUAUAGUCUGCGUAUACUUAUAUACAUAUGUACAUGGAUAUAUUGCUAUAAGAGAAAACCGAAACAAUGCCGUAAAAUGGGAUUAUUGUGUAUCAUCAGCGCUAAAUAAUAUUUUAUAUUACGGAUUAUGCGAUCGAGUUGGACUCAAGCGUAAACACCUACGCGAGUGUGAAAUUUGUGGGAAUUAUAAUGUAAAAUAUACUGCAAAUAAUUUAUUAUAAUCAUCUUAAAAUACUCGUAUGAGCAUCUGCUAAAAACCCAUAGAAAAACAAGUGCGAACCCGCUAAACGCUGCAAGUGCUGCAAGUCAUGCAGUCUUUGUGAAAAACUUUUGCCAUUAUUCAUGCCAAAUAGUGUUCGUGCUAGUUUGGCAUAUGGAACGUGAAAUUUACAAAACCCAGCGGAAUAUCGAAAGAAUAUUUAAAGUUUUCCCUUUUGGAAUAUUAUAUGCAAAUUCUUAUGAUAAAUAGAUCCCAAGUUCGACACCGGGAAAAAGAUAAUAUUCUCUGUUGAAUAUUUGAUAAACCAACAACUUAUAAAUCCAAGACAAUUAAGGUAUACUCGGAAUAAGAAUUAUGUAUCUCAAAUAUGAACCCUAAUUUAUGAUACAAGUGUUGCAAUAAAUUCGUAAAAAUAUCUUUUUUAAAGUUACUAGCGUAAAGAGCACUAAAACUACAAAAUCCAUCCAAAAACCGCAGCGACCGCAAAAUUGUGAAAACUGUAAGUGGAACAAGGUGAAGCAAUAAGAAAAAGAAAAGCUAUGAAAACGCGUGGCCGUAAAAUCAAAGAAAGACACAAAAAAUUGCAGAACACAUAAAAGUUGCAAUUUGGUGAAAAAGAAAAGAGAGAGAGAGAAAAGCGAGCAAAAGACAGCAGCGGCAACAACAGUAGGAAGGACGCCAGACCCCCGGUGAAUUAAUUCAAUAAACCUAUUUAUCUGGGACUGGGAUUGCGAUUGGGACAGAGACUGGGAGUGGGACUGGGACUGGGACUGGGAAUAGACACAUUUCGCAUAGAAUGCGAAAAACUUUGCCGGCAGAGAGCGGGCAGUGCAAUCAGAAAGAGCGAAGCAUUCUGAGCUGGCAGAGGGCAGCAACGUGCCGAGCACUUGGAGAUGAUGCUACCGAUGGUUCCGCAAACGAGUCCCCAAUGGCGGCAGACGACAGGCAAUGAGCGCACAAAAGAUGCUGUAAGUGUCAUUGCAGCAAGGAACUGUGCCACUGGGACUGCUACGGCAAACAGGACAAGCAGGACAACUGCCAACCGAACUGGCAUGCCAAAGACGAUGACAGCUACAACUACAACUACAACUACAACUUCAAAGAAGCGUUUCCAAUUUUUACGCACUAGCAACAAGGCGAUGGCAUGCCAACGAAUCCUGCCUUUUGCUCCGAUUCUUGUGCUCCUGUUUGUCAACUUUGGGACAUACCUUGUCACCUGCAGCUCAGCCUCCGACCAGGGCAGUGGCGUGGAGCCACAGUUAACGACAUUCCCGAGAUCCACUUUGCCAGAUAGGCCAAUGACAACACAAAACGAUCUAAUUACGACAGCCCGAAACUCAACAACAUUGCUGACAGCGAAAAAGCCAACAGCAACAAUAACAACAACAACAUCAACAGCGACAGCGACAACAGCGGGUCAUAGCGGAGCAAGUCUGGUCAUGUCAUCAACAGCCCCAACGAUAAUAACAACGAGAACGACAACGACAACGAGAACGGCAGCAGCAGCAAGAGGAGCAACUAAGUCCGCACAAAUUGGGCUAACUACGAAGCCCACAGCGGCCGCGGCUGAAAAGCAAACACCAUCUACAACAGCAACAUCAACAACAACAUCAGCAACAAGGACGAUGUUCAUAUCAACAAUUUAUCCGGCAUCAACAACAGAGCCAACGACAGCAUCGCCAGUCUUGCCAGUCCAAAUGGCAGCAGCGACAGCGUUGGCGCUGACGGAAACGGAUGCCCGCAACUCCAUUGAAAUGGCAGCAGGGAAGAUGGAGAAUAAACAGGUGGCACAGCACGAGGAGGUGGAGGCAGAGGAGGAGGAGACGGUGCUGUCGCCUCAUGCGGCCAGCGCUGAUUCACUGACUAAAGGUUUCUCCAUUCCAACAUUUCUGCCACCAUUUCCCGUGUUCGCAGCCGCAGAUCUGCCAGCUUACCGCGCUGCAGCAGCUGCAGCUGAGGCAGCCGCUGCUGCCGCCGCUGUGGCCGCAGCAGCAGCUGCAGCAGCAGCAGCAUCUACCAUGGCCUCGGAGACUGUGACACUGUCACCGGAGCAGCAGCGACAACAAAUGUUUAAUGAGCAACAUUCGUACUUGGCCUCCCACAACGGGCAACUGGAGCCCGGCCAACAGCCACGCAAAAAUCUGACAAUGCCGGUGCUAAACAUCACCGCGCAGAUGGGAAAUCACGCGUACAUGCCAUGUCAGAUUCAUCGCCUGUCGGAUAAGCCCGUUUCGUGGGUUCGUUUGCGUGACGGACACAUAAUCAGCGUGGAUGAGACCACAUUCAUAGCGGAUGAACGCUUUCAGUCGAUAUUCCAGGAAGACCACGACUACACUUGGUCACUCCAGAUCAAGUAUGUGCAACCCAGCGAUGCCGGGUGGUAUGAGUGUCAAAUGGCCACAGAGCCCAAAUUAAGUGCCAAAGUGCAUCUGGAAGUGAUUACACCCAAGACUGAGCUUAUCGGCGAUCAGAGUCGAUUUGUCAAAGCCGGCAGCAAAGUUGCGCUUCAUUGCAUCGUGCGCGGCACUCUGGAUCCUCCAAAAUAUAUCAUCUGGUUUCGAGGGCAGAAAAAGAUUAGCGAGAGCGAUGAACGCACUGGCUGGUAUACGCAAUUAGAUCGUAAUAUAUUUGGCUCAAUUGCUGAUAAUCAGAAUACGAUCGGCUCAUUAAUUAUACCGUUCGUGCGCAAGGAGGACUCCGGUAACUAUACGUGCCAGCCAUCGAACAGUGUCUCCGUAUCCGUUGACCUGCACGUCCUAAGCGGUGAAUACUCCGCAUCGGCUAUCAAGUCUUCCGCAACAGAGCGAGCGCAGAGCAGCACGUUCCUGCUAUUGGUCCUCAGGCUGGUCGGACUACUGGGAGGAGCCCUAGGAAUGCGGCGGAGGAGCGGGCCUUGGAGACUGUUGCUGCUGUCCAAGACCAAGACGUGACUUGUGACGUGACUCGCCUAUUGAGAGGCCAGUUCAAGCUCGGACUUCAAUUAUUUGUAAGCUUUGCGCAAUGUGCAGUUGUACAAUUUAGGUUAGAGAUUAAUUAAAGGCGACUUUGUAAAUAGCUGACAAGGGGGAUAAAGGGAUAGACACGGGCAGAAGGUAUAACUUUCUAUAAUUAAGUUAAAUGUUACAGCAUACUUUUAACCUUAUUGCAAGUACGCUUGUGUGUGUGUUGUAUAUUUAAAUCAAACUACUAAUUAAGUUACGAGUUUUCAUUUCAAAUGAGUCAAACAGAAAUUCUCCUAAUGAUUUUCUAUUCAAAUCAUUGCAAUGUUUCUUGGAACUCUAAAUAAAUCCAACAUACGAGUACAUAUACAAACAUACGAGUAAUUUGUAGUCUAUGUAAGAACUAAUUCUAUAAACAAAAUCAAACAAAUGUUGCCAUUUAACGUUACGAAACCAUCAAUAAUUAGAUUACUGUAAAUCAACUGAACCUAAAACAAAAUCAAAUUCAAUAAAAUAAUGUA